GCGGCAUGUUUUGUAAUUGAUACAUGGCGGAAAUAUAAGUCAUUGUUCAUGAUAUACAGCGGUCAGCAAAGAACAACUUAUCUAUAACCCAGAGGACAAACAUGGAUGAGGCCGAGAAAAUUAUGAUAAAAAACGAAUACAUCUAACAAGUGGGGAACCUUUCUUCAGAUGUUCGUAUUAGCAGCUAAAAGUUAAAAAUGCAGGAUGUUGAUGGCGGAUGGGCCUGGGUGGUUAUGAUGGCGGCAUUCAGCACUCAGUUCGUAACCGGAGUGCUGAGUUACGGCGUUGGAGUGUUUCAUAACGCAUUUCUGAAUGAAUUUCAAGGAGACUUAACAAUGACGUCACUAGUGGGAUCUAUUUUUGCUAGUCUGCUAAGCCUUUUAGGGCCUAUAGUGAGUUUUGUCAUCAAUAAAUGGAGCUGUAGAGUAGCUGAUAUUAUAUCAGGAGUUUGUAUAUUUCUCGGACUCUGUUCAAGCUACUUCGCUCCAAAUCUAAUUACUUUAAUAUUCACAUUUGGAGUUAUUGCAGGAACUGGACUUGGAUUCAGCGGAAUAACAGCUGUUAUUGUAGUUGGAUAUUCCUUUGAAAAAUAUCGUGGAAUCGCUGUUGGUUUGAAUGUGGCAGGUGCAGGUUUAGGAAUGUUUGCCUCAGGUCCUUUCAUCCAAUAUCUGAUUGAUCAGUAUGGGCUUAGAGGAGCGUUGCUCAUCUUAGGAGCAUUUGGAGGUCAAAAUAUUGUAUUCGGUGCUUUGAUGAGGCCGACGAAAAUAGAAAUGUCGUACAAGCAUUCCAAUGAAACCUCCUCAGAAAAUAGGAAAAUGUGCAACUUUCGUUGUGAUAUACUUAGAAACAAGUCUUUUCUUUGUAUUUUGACAUGUUCAUUUCUGUGGAAUGUCCCGUACGCCAUUUUGUUCAUUCAUCUUCCGCGGUUUUCAGUUGUAUAUGGUGCCACAGAUAUGCAGGCAGCGUCACUGAUCACAAUGAUCGGAGUCGGGAGUACCCUUAACAGAUUUCUGGCUGGAAUGGUUUUAGGGCCGGGUGGAAUAGACCCUUUGCUUCUUAACUUUGGAUUUCUUGGAAUAUUUGGUCUAACAACAGCUACUUUUCCACUUUAUUGUACAAACUACAUAGGCCAAAAUAUUUACUCUCUUAUAACAGGGAUUUACAGUGGAGGGCUUAUUGUCUUAAUUAAUCCACUAUGUAUAGAAAUAGUGGGUAUAUCUCAUCUCUCAACAGCUGUAGGAUUAUAUUUUACGUGGGCAGGAAUUGCUUGGAUAUUAGGAGGACCAUUUGCAGGGUUUUUAAUUGAUAACGAUGUUUCAUAUGAAGGCUUGUUUUUUAUAUCAGGGGCAAUAUGUGUUCUAGGUGCAUUUGUAAGUCUCUGUGCAUCUCUCUGGCACAAGGUAACGGAUAAAGUUGAAAAGACAGCUUCCUUUGUGGACUUCAAGGAAAGCCGUUUUCUUUCCGGAUCAGCGUACUUUUCAGGUUCUUUCACCGUUAUUAUUGAAAAUGAAAAGACACAACAAUUGCAUAAAAGUUCUGAAGAUUUUGCCAACAAAAGUGUUCUUAGUAAAAACAGUGUUGAAAGUCUGUUUAUUGACAAACACACAUUGAAUGAUGUUAUAUACCCAAAAACAGUUGGGGAUUCAUCUGCGCUGGAACUAGAAAAUUUCACACCCAGGUCCAGAAGAAAACUACUCGCACAUUCCGAUCACAAUGUGGAUCAAUUAAACGAAUUUACACCACUACAAAUUCAGGAGAUCAGAGUUGUUCCUUUGGGUGAUUGUGACAGUUGACAGUUUCUUUAAAAAUCUCAAUCAAUUAUUUCGAUUUUUAUUUUCAAAUACAAACCGUUUCUGUACCUGAGCAAAAAAAAAAAGUUUAUAUAUCAAAAAUAAUUUCUGAAAAAAAAAAAUGAUACUGAAAAUCGAAAAGUAACAAUUUAAGAUUUAACGUUAUCAGUGUGCAUUUUAUCAACUUAAAAAAAGAUGUCUUAAUCAAAGUUUCCCUGUGAUAAUAUGAGAAUAUUGAGAAUAUUUUCCUCGACUUUACUCUGCUCACCUUCUUUCAGAUUCUUACAGAUAACGUGCAUAUUACAAAUGUUUAAGAACACUCCUUUGAAAAAGUCAAAAUACAUAAAAGAUGUAAAACUAUAAACAGUUCUGCAGGAGCGGAUUCAGGCGGGACGCGCUCCCGAGGCGCGCCCCGGCUAAAACCAAAGAAAAAUAUUUCGGAUACAGCUUUUUCACUAUCAUACUUCAAUGCACCAAAGAUCAGAUUACACUCAUUUUGAGUCAAAAUAAGGUUGUCUGUUUGCUGAAUUUCAAAAGCUUACGAGGGGCUCGCAUCCGGAUGACCCCAUCAGAUGGUGUCCUAAACCCACUAAGGACGCUGGUGGUUCCCAGUUUCCCACCUAACAGCGUCUCCCUUAACACAAAAUCCUGGAUCCGCGCCUGAGUGAAUAUUUUAUAUGUACUUGUUUCCAAGUCAUGCAGUUCUUGCCUUUGUUGCUUUUUGAAUUGGUUUCUGGUCAGGAGUUACAAAAAUUAUUAAAAUCAACUGCCAUUUGAACA